GCGGGGGGCUAUUAAAGGUGGCAGAUAGAUGAAGUCUGCAGAAAUGCUGACCGGAGCGCAGCCGUGCUUCCAGCUGCUCCGGAUCGGGCUGUCGACGGGCGACUCCGCCCGGGACCUGUACACGUUUAGGCCGGCGCUGAACCACUCUGUGUUCCGGCUGGGCCGGGCGGCGGAGCUGUGUGACGUCACGCUGGAGUCUGCGCUGGUGUCCCGCAUCCACGCCGAGCUGCACGCCGAGAAGGAGGCGGGCGACGCUGACGGGGAGCAGCAGGAGGAGGGCUGGAGGGUGCACAUCAAGGACAGGAGCAGUCAUGGCACGUGGGUCAACGAAGUGCGCCUCCAGUCCAGCAUCCUGUGGGAGCUUUCUGAUGGCGACACGUUGGUCUUUGGGGGUCAUUCCUCUUCAGGAAGCCCAGAGUUCUACUUCCUCUUCCAGAAGGUCAAAGUUCGCCCGCUGGAUUUUGAUGCCAUCACAAUUCCAAAGGCGGGAAUGUUCUCCUCCGACUUGCAGAACCGGAUUAGAACCAACUUGGACCGAAAAGUGACGACAAACCUGGACCUGUCCAAGCUGUCCAUCAACCGCGCCACCGUCAUCCUCAACUCCAUCGGCAGCCUGAGUAAGAUGAAGGGCAGCGCCUGGACCUUCAAGAGGAGCCACAGCCACGAGGGGACCAUCUCUGACCCCGGAUGCUCCUCCCCUCCUCCUCCCUCUGUGGGCUUCGCCUCCCUGUUGCCUCCCUCCACGCCCCCGGCCCUCUCCACCGCCGCCCCAGUGCCCACGGCAAAGCCUGUGCCGGCGGCGUCCAGGAGCAGGAGGAAGUCUGCGCACACUGUCCUCCUGGAGGACGACAGCUCGGAUGAGCCCAGGGGUCGAGGAGCUUUGACAAGAAUCGUGGAUGAAACGGCGAGAGCGCGGCCGAAGAAGAGGCGGCGGCUCUACAAGUCUGAGUCGGAGGGGUUCAGCUCCCCGGCCCCUCCCCCUCUGCAGGCCACGAGCCACAACGCCAUCCGGAGGCCGCUGGAGACGAAGCCCUUCCCCGUGGGCAUCAGGACCAUCGGCAGCUUCCACGGCGCCGUGACCAACAGCCACCUCAACCAGCCGCUCCUCCAGACCUCCAUCAGCAGCCUGGCUGUCCACAAGCAGGAGGUGCAGGGCUCGCAGCGCGUCAGGAUGAUGGUGCGCGGCAACAUCAGCACCUUCCGCCAGCGCAAACCCGCCCACUGCUCGCCGGCGGCACAGAGAGGGCGGCGCCGGGCCAACAGCGCGCCGGUCUUCUCCCCUCUGGUGGUGGGCGGGGAAAACUACAGCCUGGCCCCGCCCUCUGUGAGGAUGCGGACAGAGGAGAGAGGAGGCAGGAUGCAGCUCAACCGGUUUCAUCAUCCGACAAGUAAACGACGAGGCCGACCCAGGAAACAUCCCCUCCCUCCUCGCCCCUUCCCGCCCUCCCCGUCUUCCUCCUCCUCUUCCUCCUCCACCUCCUCGGCUUCUUCCUCCUCUGGCUCCUCGUCCGGCUCUUCUUCCUCUGACGACGAGGAUGAGGAGGAAGAGGAGGAGGGCGCGGUGGGCGGGGCGGUGGAGCCGUGUGCGGCGCCGCGGUGCCGGCUCCCCCAGCAGGACACGGUUCAGUGGAUCCAGUGCGACGUGUGCGACGCCUGGUACCACCUAGACUGCCUGCACGUGGACCGCAAGAAGCUCCUGAAGGACCCCAACGCCGACUUCCACUGCGGCUGCCGCUGACGCCACACAGAGAUCCUUUAAACCUGAAAGCUGUCGCGGUGAACCUCUCAGACAUGAAUUUCCUUUAGUCUUAAUAAUAGAAAUGUGGUCACUAAAGACGGAAACGAUUCGGAGGAGGCUGGAUUUCAUCAGGCUUUCACUGGUGGAAAUCUUUCAUCUGUGGCUGCCAGAGAUGGAGCUGCAUUCAAGUGAACUAAUGACAGCUCUGUGGACGAGAGGAUCCGCUCUUCUCAGAGGUUUCCCUUCGCUGCGUUCGGCCAGCCGUCCUCCAGUCGGUUCUUCCUCUGCAAGAAUCCGACUCUCUGAGUGGGAUCAGAAGCUUUAAAGUAAUCAAAUGUUUAAUAAGUGCGUCAUCUUGAGACGUUUGUUCUUAUUAUUGUGUGGCAGCAGCUGGUGGUGAAGGCCCCAAAUGGCCAGAAUCAGACCCCCUGACCCAUACGGGUGUUGCUCAUGAAUGUACCCUUUUACUUUAAACUACCCUGAAGAAGCUUGUCGACUCACACAAAUAUAGUUUGCUCUUAUUACCUGUGGCAGAACUGCAGGUUGUUUUAAAACACCUAAACUAAAUCAAUUUUAUGUUUUAAUUCUUUACCAACUGUUCAAAAGACUUAAUGAUUCAUUCUGAGUUCACUUCAGUUUCAUCCUCUUUUGUAUUGGUGUUCUGACUUCUAACUUUUCAAACUCCCCAUUUUCCUUUUUUUAAAAUCUAAACUAUACAUACAAAUAUUUUGUUUGCAUUGAGUUGCUGUCCCACCAAACCACUCAUGUGCAUUACACCACCAGGACCUCAAACCAUCCCAACACGUCUUCAGACGGUUUGGUUGAUCUUAGUGUGGACUUCCUAGUUGUAAAUGAAAACAAAAAUGAUCUUUAAAUAAGUUUUGUUCAGAUUUUUGUGAAUGUUUUUUGUUGCGUAAUAACAUUUAGUCUAAAUGUGAGCAUCGUAUGUUCCGUGUCUGGUUGAAUUUUGAAACUCGUUGGCGCUCCCGAGUGUUUCAAAAUGAGAAAGGUGUGACGUUCGAGUCCAUUUAUAAUCAAAAGAGUUUAGAUCUGCACACACGAUUCACCCCUUUAUAUAGAUAUGAUAAACUGUCAUUCCGUUUGGUGCAUAUAAAUGUAAUUGAGCACCAAUAGCCAAAAUAUUACAAGCAAAACAAAACAUAUUUUAAAAUUUUGUAAACUUCUUCAAAGAUAUAUUAGGAAAAAAUGCUGAAAAGUUUGUUUAAAUUCAUCAGCUAUUCAACAAUCAUUGGGAGAAUGAUUUGCUCAAAAAGCUUUAGUAAAAUCUAGUUUCUUUGCAGCGUUUUACUCACUAAAGCUUCUAAGUGCAGGAAAAAUUGAGACGCAUGCUUCCAAAUUAGCUGCACAACACUUCAUAAAUGUUUAAUAAUGAUAAAACUCCCUGCUUUUUUCCCACUAAAAGCAUCUGAUGAAUAACUUCUUGUUUGGUCUUUACAGAUUAAAUGGAGUCUUUUUGGCAGCAGGCUGUCAUCGCUGCAGCUCUUUAUGUGAGGUUUGAAUCUACAGUAAAAAAAAA